AUGCGGUGGAGUGGUCCCAAACAGAAUUUCCAAUUUUUUCUACUACAAAUAUUUCUAGUUUGCCGAUUUUCCACCGGAUUGGUAUGCCCAAUUCCAGCAGCCACGCCAGGAGGAUCCCUUCGAAACAAGACGUGUCCCGACUUCAAAGCGAACCCGACAUUCGUCCAUUGCUGCACCUCAAAAUUGCCGCCCACCAAUUCGCUGUUGAAAGAAAAACACGGCGUUUAUUGUUGCUCGGUGGAGGACUUUGAGAAGGAAAAACAAGACAUUGCUAAUCAAGAAUUGAGGAACUUUUUGAAAGAGUGGGUUCCCCCGUUUUUAUGA